AGUCCAUGGACUAGUGAAUGGAAUCAGAUUCGAUCCAGACUCAGUUCUGUUGAGUGAGAGAUAUCAGACAGUGAAUGGCCACUAUCUAUUUGGCCCUGAAACCGUGUUGGAUGUUGAAGAUAUCAUAUCUAAUAGUCUGGUGGAUGGUGUCAACAUCACAUACUUGCUCGAUCAACAGGUAUGCAAAGACGAUACCAACCACCUGAUAACAGGCAGCAAGAGGUUCAGAUCUCGUUUCUCGGUGGCCAACCAAGUGGAGAUGCGACGCCAUUUUAAUGACAUCGAUCUGGUCCAACUCCACAAUCAGCUGAUGAGUCCCUACGAGGGUCUGGCCAAGGAUAAUCGGCUCACUGCACUGGCCAGCAUCAGGAAGGAUGUGGAGCUCAGUCUCGCUACGCGCGCCCACCUGUUCACCGGCUGGGAGAAAGUGACACAGGUUGCGGGACGGAUUAGGUUGGCUUUGCCGUUGGAUGGGAGGAUGGAGCGGGUGGUUUUUGUUGGGAGAUUUACCCCUGAAGAAGUAAGGAUGCGGUUGUCGCUGAAUUAUUGGGAUGUGAGGGGCAGGAGGUUUGUUGAAACAGAUAAGCUGGCUCUUCACAUUAUUUCAGAUGAACGUAGAUUCUUCAUGAAGAGACCAUUAAUGCAACUGUUGUUGAAACUGCCACUGGUGAAAAUAGACUUUUCACAUUAUUCAAAAGCAGCA